AUGGAUCUGUCAGAUGCUCUGGGUGGUGGACCGGGCUUUCCAGGCCAGAACAACCAGCAGGGUGGUGGGGGCGUGUGGCCUGGUGGACAACCCAACCAACCAACAUGGCCAGGACAGCCUGGUGUUCAACCGGCUUGGCCUGGUCAGCAGCAACCAGGCCAGCCCACCCCCAUGUGGCCUGGACAACAACCAAACCCUUCCCAACCCUCAUGGCCGGGGCAACAAUAUGGAGGUGGAGUACAGCCCAGCCAGCCAACCUGGCCCGGGCAACCAGGGGGAGGACCGCCCAGCCAGCCAACAUGGCCAGGGCAGCCUAGCCAACCUACUGCUCCUCAACAUCAAUCACUGAAAGUGCCAUAUAAUCAGAACCUGCCAAAUGGAUGCUAUGACGACAUGGUCAUCACCAUUAACGGGACAAUUAACCACAAUGCAAAAAUGUUCACAUUGAACCUGACCAAAGGGAAUGACAUUGCCAUGCACAUUAACCCUCGCUUUGAUGACAAGGGCAAGAAAACGAUUGUGAGGAACAGUCUGAUUGGCAGUAAAUGGGGCAAAGAGGAGAGAGGACACAACCACUUCCCCUUCACUCAGGGCCAGCCCUUUGAGAUGAAAAUCAUGUGCACUAACAACGAGUUCAGGGUGGCAGUGAAUAGCUCGCACCUCCUGGAGUUCAAACACCGCAUCCGUGACCUCGACUCAAUCAAACACCUGGGUAUCUACAAUGACGUCACCCUCACGUCUGUGGAGAUCGAAAACUUUAAUAUCUAG